AUGGCAAGGAACUCCUCGCGCUCUUGGUGCUGCAUGACCUCCCCGAGGAAGGCGCGGGAGCACUCCCAGAACUCUGGGACCUCCAUGUUCUCGAAGCACCAGCUGAGCCCGUGCUUGGCCUCGUCGAGCAGGACCUCCGGGCCCUCCGCGUCCGCGUGCUCCAGCACGAAGGCCGCCGGCUGCGUGCGCACGAGCAGCCGCGUGAACUCCUCGCUCGCCUCCUCCGACGACGCCCGCGCCGCCGUGGCGACCGCGUCCUUGACGCUCCGCUGCGUGCGGGGGCACAGGGGCACGGGGCGCGCGCGCUCCUGCGAGACGCCCACGGCCUGCAGGCCGAAGACGUCCCCGCGCCACCGGCACACGGCCAGGAGCACGUCCCGGCACUCGGCGUGCAGCGGGGGCUCCCGCGGGAAGCGCCGCACCACGGCGGAGAGCUCCCGCAGGAGGUGGCCGCACAGCUGA